GUUCCGGUGAAGUGGAUGGCCAUCGAGUCUCUAGAAGAUCACAUUUACACUACGAGGAGCGACGUGUGGGCAUUCGGUGUGGUGCUGUGGGAAAUCGUUACUCUAGGAGCAUCUCCUUAUCCGGGUAUCCUUCCCGAACGUCUCUUCCAUUUGUUGAAAGUCGGAUAUCGAAUGGAGAAACCCAAAUCUUGUUCCAACGAAUUAUACAGGAUAAUGAGAUCUUGUUGGAGAGAGAGUCCGCAUCAGAGACCGUCUUUUAAAGAUUUAGUUCAAAAAUUCGAUCGAAUGUUGCAGGACACCGCGUCUUACGUGGAUUUUACUCAGGAACCAUCGGCCGUAUUUUCUUACUCUUCUCGCUCCAGCUAUAGAGACGAAGAAAAAGAGGAGACGUACGGAGAAAUCAAGCUUCGUCAGUAUCCGAGUCCGAAGAGAGGAGAAGAACUAAAUUAUACAAACUGCAUCUUCAGUUUUAACGGAAGCGACGAAAGCAGAGAUUUCGUGGAAGCCGUGAUAUGAAUUUUUUACGAAUUCCCAACGAAGAAUCUUUUCGAGAUUAACUUUUUAAGACGAAAAUCCCCGGAGGAUCCGACGGGUAUCGAAUUCAAGUUUCAAAUAUUUUUAUCGAUUUUAUAACUUCUAUUUAUAUUUUUGUAUCUGUUCAUUUUUUACGACCAAUAUUAUCUUUUAAAAAAAUUCGUAUUUUCGUUUUCUUCUACGAAUUUUCCUCCCGAGAGAACGGUCCAAGCCAAAAAUUUCGAAAAAUUUAACCUUUAACAAAAACUAAAUUUCUAGAGUAGAGAAAUGCAUAAAAUUGUUAUAAGAAUAAUAUUUUUAUAUCAGUUUAAAGACUUCACUGCCGAAUUUUAAUAAAAUAUAAUAUAGAGGGCCUUAAUAACGUAUCGAACCGUUGAGUAAUUAAGACGCUUCCAUGUAAAUCACGUUUAAAAAUUCUAUUAUUAUUGAUGUAAAUAUUUUCAA